UGCUUUGCCAGUAAUUUCCUCGGCGCCUCCAUGCGCUCAUUGGUGCGUGCCUCCAACGUGUCACCAGUUUUGGUGGAUUAACCCAGAUAUCUACACCAUCGGGAGGGUUAACAUCAUUCCUUUCGCUCAACUCCCGUCCGUCUUCACGGUGUCCAGCUGUCAACAAGGACCUCUGAAAACAUUUGAGAAACUUGUGACUUCCAAAGAACAACUCAGGAAAGACGAUUGGAGAAUUUAGAUUUUCCUUUUGCACGCACGUCUAGCAUAGAAAUGCAUUUAUCUACUACGUUUCUUUUUGUGGCACCCUUGAUGUUGGGGAGUCUCUGCGUCAGUGGAUUCCCGGGCUGCUCGUCCUGUGGCUUUCCGGCGACGGAGACAAACGCAAAUGAAAGGCUGAUGAUAGCAAUCGUCAAGCAUCAACUUUUGGAAAAGCUGCACCUGAAAGAGAGACCAAAUAUCACUCAGACGAUUCCCCGGCCAGCGCUCCUCACUGCGCUGCGCAAACUGGACUCGGGGCGCUUCGGGAACGACGGUACUCAUGAACUCGAGAAAAGUAUACUCACCAAAAACCAAGGCUAUGAAAUACUGAGCUUUGCAGAUUUAAAUGAGACAGAGAGUGGCGAUGCAGCCAGCCUCAGUCUUACCUUCCAGUUUCUGCAGGAACGUGGCCACAGUAUCCAGGUGCUCCACUCGUCUCUGUGGAUCUACGUCCGCUCCUCUGAGGACCGCAAUCGAGACUCUCGCCUUUCUGCUCGGGUCUUUCUCUCUGCAGAAGGUGGGGGGUCCAGCUCUAACCGAACCCUGGUGAUGGAAAAGAUGCUGGAGGUCCAGGCGAGUAACUGGCACACUUUCCCCAUCACCCGCACCCUGCAGGCAUUCCUGGAUGGGGGCCAACACCGACUGCAUCUGGAAGUCAGCUGCAUUGAGGGUGGAAAGAACCUUUGCUCCCUUCAUAGCUCCGCCGACACCGGCAACCAGCCCUUCCUGGUGGCCCAAGUGCGUCUUCGGGAGGACCACUCCAAGCACACGGUCAGGAAGCGCUCGUUGCAUUGCGGUGACGAUGUAAGUGUGUGCUGCAAGAGAGAAUUUUACAUCAAGUUCAAGGAUAUCCAGUGGAAUGACUGGAUCAUUGCACCUGAUGGCUACCAUAUGAACUACUGCAUGGGUCAGUGCCCCCAGCAUCUGUCUGGCUCUCCAGGCAUAGCAUCCUCGUUCCAUGCCACUGUCUUCAGCCAGCUGAAAGUCAACGGCAUUAACACGGCUGCAUCUUCAUGUUGUGUUGCCACAGAGCGCCGGCCACUCUCCAUGGUGUACUUUAACUCCCAGCACAGCAUUGUCAAAAAAGACAUCCCUGAUAUGAUAGUGGAGUCCUGCGGAUGUACAUAAAGGACAGAGUAUAAGACAUAGUUAACUUAGAUUUGCUUUAAUACAGGCAACUCAAAAUACAUGUUCUGUGGUCGGACAGAAAGAUAACACACAUGAAUAUUGUUGUAUGUCUAGUACAACCGACUCUAUAUAUGUUGUUACGUGUAAAAACCAAAAAAUAGAAGUAACAACUUUGUUGUGUCUUAUAUGAGACACACAAGUGUAUUGAAUUAGAGGCAUCAUUAAGUUGUUUACAUGCACCUAAACAAUUACUAUCAUGUCAUAGGCAUUGUUUCAAAAUUAAGAUUGCAUUCGGGAAACAGUAUAGGCACAAAGACAAAGAGAUUGUUUUGUAUUAUAUUUAAUAAGAUCACACAGUUCAAUUUAAUUUUAAAGUCUAAUAUGCAGUUUAAUGAGUUGGUGAAAUAAUGCUGAGAGUGCCUAUAGAACCAACUGGGGGAAUUUAGAUGAUACACUGAAUCUGAAUGCAGACACGUUUUGUAUCCAUAUAUCAGAGGCAUUAAUUAAAGAGAGGAUAAAAACUAAGAAAUCUUAUGGCAGACUCGACACAGACAACAAAGAAGUCAAACUUAUUUAAACAAAAAAACUGCUUAAAAAGGGCUCAAGAAACACAAAGAGAUUGAUAUGGAGCCGUCACUGUUGUGUUUUAAAGAUAAUAUAGGUUAUUUAUUUUGUAUUUCAUAAUUGCUGCUUGUAGCAGAACUGACCGCACUUCUAGCUUUUCUAAAUAUUUUGCUACAAUAUUUUUUCAUGUAAUGGGCACAGUGUCCACACACAAUAUGACAUUUUGAAGCAAGGCUUUGAAAAUAAUGAAAGAUAUCCUUGAUUCAUUAACUCAGGAUGACAAAAUGCAACUUGGACAUUGUUUCAAGUUAUCUUGGUCUAAAUACCGAGGAGAAUCCAUUGAGUUUUAUUUCUCUUUUUUUGUGGACCUGUCACACAAUGUUCAUAUUAACUUUUAUUUUUCAAUUUCAAUUCAAUUCAGUUUAUUUGUAUAGCCCAAUUUCACAAAUUACAAAUUUGUCUCAGAGUGCUUUACAAUCUGUACACAUAGACAUCCCUGCCCCAAAACCUCGCAUCGGAUCAGGAAAAACUCCCAAAUAACCCUUCAGGGGGGAAAAAAGGGAAGAAACCUUCAGGAGAGAACAGAGGAGGAUCCCUCUCCAGGAUGGACAGGUGCAAUAGAUGUAAUGUGUACAGAAGGACAGAUUUAGAGUUAAAAUACAUUCAAUGAAUAUGACAGAGUGUAUGAAUAGUUCAUAGUAGGCAUAUUCCACGAUGGAGACCUCCACGAUCCAUCAGGCAGAUGGCGGUAGAGAGGCGGAGUGGGCGGAGUCUCAACAGUGGGCGGAGUCUCAACAGGGCAGUGGCGUGGUCGGUAGCAGGAAUUCCACGACCCAGAACCUCGAUGAUCCAUCAGCAGAUAGGAUCUAUGCCGUCUCAUAGGGUCCGAUGACCCCAUGAGACGUGAAGUCAAAAGGACUCCGGGGAGAAAGCAUUCUAUAUCUGAUGUAUUUGACUAUCUUUUGACUGUCUUUUAUCCAUAAAUUACACCCAACCAACACGUUCAUUGCAUUGUAAAAUUGUGGUGAAGCAGUUUAUAAAUCUAAAAUGAAAUAUGUUUGAUCAGCAUCUUCACUGUAUUGUUUACACAAGUCGGCUAAUCAGUUGGGUAACUAUGUCUCUGACAGCAUAUGAACCCACGGUCAUUUGUCGGCGGCGUGAGCAAACAUUUAGCUAUUGCUUCAGUGUCAGGUUAUGUGAAGGUCUUCGAGGCCUGUGGGUCAAUGAGCAUGGGGUGUUGCACGUCGACAUUUAUAUCUCUCAAAGUCUAAAGUUUUCUGGUAUAAGGUCAAAUUAGAAGCUUUCCAACGAAAGGCCACCUGGUAAUAAUUGUCAGGGAUUUGAACAUCUUCCUGUUAUCCCAAAAGCACAAUUUAUAGUCCUGGCUAUAAUUUAUAAGCGAGUAACAAUGCCAUGACAAUAUCUGGAAAAAAAAGACCAAGUAGAUAUUAAAAUAUGCCAGCAUCCAUACUAAAAGUAAGAAUGCCUUGUCUUCUUCUCACUGAUGUUCACACCAAAAAGGUGUGAAAGCCAAAUAUGUGUUCUGCUUCCUGGAUGAUGUUUUAUGGGGUUGUCCCACUGUGUUUUCAACCUGUAACGUUCUGCUAUGAUACACAAGAUAGAUUUCAAAGCAAUACUUUCUCUGUUGCUUAUAGAAGCUACACUUGUCUUAUUUCUUCCAACCUAUGUAAAACAAGCUUAUUGUGUCUUAUUUUAUCUUGCGAGCACCCCCUGCCCUAGGACUCAAUGUGACAUUGAGGCGCCACCAUAACAUAAGUUAUUAAGCACUUUAUCAGCCUACUGUAUUUUUAGUGCAAAUUUUGCUUGGAGGUUCUACUACAAAUAAGCCAGGUGGGCUCUAACUGGAACAUGUAGGCCCACAGAAAGCAAAUGUCAAUCAUGUUAUUUUCUUAUGCUUUAGUUUGUUUUCCAUGCAUUGAAUUGCAUUUGUUCGCAGAGCACACAUAUUUCUGUAUACUGUAACUGGUGGAAAGGAAUUGAAUUUUGUGUCAAUUUAAAGUUGUAAUUAUUUUCUUUUCUUUUGAUAUCAUGCUAUAUUUAAUGCAUAAUGAGUUAUUUGAAAUAGAAACUAAAUGCAAGAUGUCACAAUAUGCUGAAAGAAGUAUAUUUUUAAUAAAUACAUAUUUUAAAUCAA